CACGGGGAAAAUAAUAUAACUGAACGUGCACGGAAGGUGUGAGAUUGCACAACGUAAUUAUCAACAUCAUUCGUUUUGUAGUGCUGGGAGAGGGAAACCAACUACGGCACUAGGUGUGCGCACACUAUCGAUUGUUAAAUAGGUGACGAUUUCGAUAUGGUUCAAAUUUUCGAACGUCAUCAGCGUCUAAAAAUCGAUUAUAUUUUGAUAGUACUUUUCGAUAGCUGAUGUCCAUUAAUGGUAUAUGAAUUCACUCCCGCGGCCGAUUAUACCGGGCAAGUCUGCCGGCAUUAAACAAGGGUUCGAAUAACGAAACAGUAAACAAUAUUCGCGUUGAUUAUUUUACGUCUUCCGGAUGCGACGGAGAUGAAUUUUCCAUUAUCGCUGACCGUGAGUAAAGAAAUACUAUUAUACUUUAAUACAAGUCGAGGAGUUUGAAUGACGGAUAAAACGUUCGAAUCAAUUUUAAUCAAAAAUUAAAUUUUUAUUAUUCUAAAAAAAAAAUAUAUCCUUAAUAAACCAAAAAAGGUUAAAAAGAUUGUACGAGUUUCUUUUUAGUAAUAUAUGAUGUAAACGUCUUUAUUUAAUUUAUUUUAGGCACUACUGUGGACUGGCUGCUUUUGCUACUGCAGUUGCUACGAAUUACCAGACGCAAGCCCGUCUAAAAUUUUGGCAUUUCUACCAACCGAGACCAAAAGUCAUUUUAAUGGGUUCAAGCCGCUUCUGGGGAGGCUCGUGGCUAGAGGACACAAUUUGACCCUGGUCUCACCUUACCCACUGGACUCCGUGGCGAACGGUUGGUACACGCACGUCCCAGUAGACAUCAACGAAAUAGCGAGAGGUAAUUCGUAAUUUUCAAUUCCGUGAUUAACGUUACUUAACGUAAUUAAAGUUGAACGCUUAACACGACGAUUUUAUUUGAUUUUAUUAACCUAAAUCGUUUACGAAUUAAAUUAAAAUCAUAAAAAAACUUUUAAUUUAAAACAUACUGAAUGAGAGAUUAAAUUCAACGCGGAACGUUAUAUAAAAGAAAAAAAAAUAUUUGAAUCGUCAACGAUAAUAAUAUGUAAAUUAAUUAUUACCUAAUGCAUGUAUACAUAUUAAAGAUUAUAUGUACGUAAUUUUAUAAUAUUAUUAAAUUCUGAGCAGAACAAUAAUCAAAAUUUGCAAUACUGAUGUGUGGUUUUUGUUCAUCCUAAUGCACUUAUUUCGAGACAGUAAAAAUGCGCACGAAGGUUUGUUCUAUAACUUUAGACAACUAAAUGCAAAAGGACAUUUUAAUGAAUUCAAAUUUCGAUAGUUUCAAAAGAUUCCACGAGGUCACGAACGUACGAAAAAACUAAUGAAAAUGUUGUUACACAGCAACACAGCAAUUUACAACAAUUAUUGUAUUAUUUUAGAGUUCCUAAUAAUGGGUAGGUUAUUAUCACAUUUUUAUUCAGUUUUAACUCUCAAGGAAAUCAGAUAUGCGGUUUAUUUGACUUAUUUAGUUUGGGCUUCAUUUGACUGAUAUAUGUAUAACAAUAAUUUUACUGGGUAUUUUUAAUAAAGGUAAUAUAUUAUUAUGUAUUGGGUUCGGCACUUAAAAUCCACAAAAAAGCGCUUAAAACCAUCAAAAAUACCGUGGAAAAAGGACUUAAAUAAUAUUAAAAAAAGUAAAAAUUGUAAACGGUUUAAGUCCCCUACUCUCUAAUAACUGUAAUUUAUUAAAUAAAAUUGUCUAAGACUACACAAAUGUUUCACACGAAGUUUUUUUUAAACACGUACUUUGUAGAUUUUAAGUGCAAUAAGUCACGAAUUCUAGUACCUAUAAUGUAGAGAACAAAAUUGUAAGUGUGCCAAAUAAAAACACUUACGACUUACAAGUAUUUAAAAUAAGAUAUAACAAUAAUUUAAUGCAAUUUUGAAAUAAUUACGAAUUAGGUAUUGACUUCAUGGACAAAAACAGUAUAGUUAACAAACUGCCACAAUAUUUGUACGUACUGUGGUUGGGUCCGCUGAUCACGAGAAACGCGCUGGAAAAACGGGCGGUCAAGGAGUUCAUCCUACACGAUCGUUCUUCGUUCGAUUUAGUUAUCGUCGAAAACUUCUUCCACGAGUGCUUCGUCGUUCUGGGCCACAAGUACGGGGCUCCCGUGGUGCAACUUUUGCCGUUCAACACAAACCCACGGGUGUCACAAUGGCACGGCAACCCGUACGAUCCAUCGUACUUGGCCGACUUCACAGCCCCCUACGUGGCGCCCAUGACGUUCUGGCAACGGGCCGAGAACACCGUGUCUGCCGUGUUCAACACGCUGGUCAACAGGCUGGUGUACUUACCGCAGCAACGGAAAAUAAUGAACGAGUACUUCGCGUACGCCGGACACGAACAAAGGCCCGACCUGGAAACGAUGCUUAGGAACGUGUCGUUGACGCUGGUCAACAGUCAUCCCCUCGUCAACCCGGUAGCGCCGUCCGUACCCAGCUACGUACAGGUGGCCGGCAUGCACGUAAAACCGGCAAAAACACUACCCCGAGUACGGUGACAGAAAACCUCGGAUCGCGUUCGGCUGAUUAUAAUAUAAAAAACGUUUAUUAUGUUCUGUACAGGAUCUCAAAGCGAUCAUGGACACGGCUCAGCACGGGGUGGUUUACUUCAGUUUGGGAUCGGUCAUCAAGUCGUCGAAAAUGCCACAGGAAACGGUUUUGAUUCUGUUAUCGGAGCUGGCCAAAAUCGAGCAGACGGUGCUGUGGAAGUGGGAAGACGAUCGGCUGCCCGAAUUGCCCGCAAACAUCAUUGUCCGAAAAUGGUUCCCGCAAAACGAUAUAUUAAGUAUGCCGGAGCCAUGCCGCAUUGAUCGAGUAGUGAUAUGUCGGCGAAUUGUAUUUAAUUUUGUUUAGACCAUCCCAACUGUCGACUGUUCAUCACGCACGGGGGCUUUCACAGUUUGAUCGAGUCCAUCUACCACGGAGUACCGAUGUUGUCUAUACCGGUGUUCGGUGACCAGACGCACAACUCGGUCGGAGUCGAGCAAAGGGGAUUCGCACUGUACGUGCCAUAUUUCGAUCUGACCGCCGACAAGUUCGGAUCGAAGCUGCGGUUGCUACUUCAGUACCCGAGGUAAGUUAUGCAUAGGUUCUCGUUAUGACGGGGUUUACAACGUCACAUACGGAUCGAAUCGAAUUUUUUACAGGUUCGGCAUAGCAGCCAAGAGAGCGUCGGCCAUAAUACGAGACAAUCCGAUUCCGAUUAUGGACAACGCGGUCUUUUGGAUAGAAUACGUUAUCCGUCAUAAAGGAGCGCCGUCUCUGCGUACCGCCGCCAACGAUCUGCACUGGUUCCAGUAUUAUCUUUUAGAUGUAAUUGUUGUCAUUUCCCUCACAUUAGCAUUCGUCUUGUAUUUUUGUCGUACGUGUUGUCUGUAUUUCUGGAAAAAAAUCCGUAUUGCAAAAUCGACGAAAGAAAAUGUUCCAGAAACAAAUAUUAAGAAUCAAUAAUAACCAAUGAGUUUAAACAUUUUGAUUAAUUACUGGUCCGAUUGAUUAAAUACCGUUAUGGUAUUCUCUUGGGUGUUGCUUGAUGUUCUUUUGAUGGAUGUAUUAAUUUCUAGUGUUACACAGAAAAUAAUGCAAGUUUUUUAACAUAUUUAGUUGAAUAUAAUAUUAUUAUCUU